GCCAGCAAACCGGACUGAACGUCACAUUCCUGCAUUCCCUUUUUCCUCACAGUCUGGGACGUCGGAGUUACCACUAGAUAAGCUAAUCCUCUUUCCCACUUUUCUUUUUGAGAAACACACCCAUGACACGGCGGAUUUGAUCUCAGGAGGUGAUCCCGGGCCCCCCCCCCAGGAGUCAGAAUCUCACUUUGGGUCACUUUCCUCCCUCCCUUCCCCUCCUCCCCUUCCGCCCAUCACAGCACUGGUUGCCAUGGAGAACUCUUCGGUGGCGUCUGCAUCGUCUGAGGCCGGGAGCACACGCUCACAGGAGAUAGAAGAGCUGGAGCGCUUUAUCGACAGCUAUGUGCUGGAGUACCAGGUGCAGGGGCUUCUGGGAGACAAGGCAGAUGGAGACUUGGACUUGGACAAUGGUGGCAAGGUGCCACAGUGGACAGAUGACUGUAACAACAAGAAAGAUGGUAGCUGGACGUCUUCACGGGGGAGAGGCUCGUUCAAGCCAGACGAGUGGGAACACAGCAGUAACGGCAGUACAGGUUCCAGGCCCAGUUCAGGGUCUAGACCAGGAUCUGGCUCACGCUCUGGCAGCAGAGGCAGAAACAACCAGUUCAUAGGCCCUGCCAAGAACGGGAACAGGGAUGGCUCCUUUGACAUCCUGGGGACAGACAUAUGGGCUGCCAACACAAUGGACUCACACGGAGGUGCAGGUUGGGACGUGCAGCCAGAGAAGCUAGACUUUAGCCAUUUCCACAGGAAACACAUUAGAGGAACGCCAAAGCACCUGCCACACAUCGACAGAGAGGGGAUGAACAAAAACAAGUUUGAGGAAGAUGACGGCAUAGACAUGAAUGACAUAGAAAGGUUCCUACCCCAUCUGCGCUCUGUCUUCCCACCGCUUCCUACUGAGGCUGAGAUCGCACACACCAAAAAGCUCUUUCGACGCAGGAGGAAUGACCGACGAGUGGUUGAUCAGUUCACCCGAGACCAGUUAACCAUACUUCUGCCUACUGGCCCUGGGGGAAAGCGGCAAGUCUCAGCCAGGAGACAACAGCGGCCUCAGGGAGGAGGAGGAGGCGGAGGAGGAGGGAAGAACCAACCUCAGCUGAUACAACAACAGUCACCGCAGCACCAGAGGGAUCAAACCCAACAACAGUCUCCAAACCAACAGCAUCAGAAUUUAACAGAACUGGGAGAUAACAGAAACAGUAGUGCUGGUCGGCCACCUCGCCAGUAUCAAGGAGGACAUGGGCAGCGCCAAGGAGGACCCCCACACCACGGAUAUAGCCAGAACCGGCGUUGGCACCACAAUCAGAAAGGUCAGGGGCAUGGACAGACAAAUGCUACAGGUGAUAAAGGAGUACCCCCAAGAACAACCAAAGACAAAGAGACAGAGAAUGUAAAACCGGGUGACGUGCAGAUCAGACCUCCUCAAGACUGGAGCAGUAAGAGUCCCAAUGAAUCACCCCAAUAUGAGUCAACACCCAGUACAAAUGCUGUCCCAGAUCUGACCGUUAAUAAGGAAUCUCCCAACCCACCAAGAAGUGGAAAGGUAAGCGAGGGCCGGUCGGACCAACCCAAAAUCAGCUUGCUGCAAUCGUCAAAGGAGAGGCUGAGGAGAAGACUAAAGGACAAGGAAGAGGCACGUGUGGAGGCAUCCGGCUCCGGAUCACAGAGCAUGGACCGGCUGGUGGACCUUCUCAACAGCAUGAGGAGCAACAGCAGCGGCGUGGAGCAGCAGCUGGCCUCUUUCAUGGAGGAGGCUCAGUGUUCAGCGCGGUCCGAGGAAACCCUGGCUCAGGUGGUCAGCACAAUCUACUCCAAGGCCGUGUCAGACAGGAGCUUUGCCGCCACAGCCGCCAAGCUCUGCGACAAGAUGGCGCUGUUCAUGGUGGAGGGGACCAAGUUCAGAUCGCUGCUUCUCAACAUGCUGCAGAGGGACUUCUCCCGUCGAGAGGAGCUCCAGCAGUCAGAUGUGGAGAGGUGGUUAGGUUUUAUCACCUUCUUGUGUGAGGUGUUUGGUACCAUGAGGAGCAACUAUGGGGAGCCAUUCAGGGUGCUGGUGUGUCCCAUCUACACCUGCCUACGAGAGCUGUUAGAGUCCACAGACGUAAAGGAAGAUGCAGUCCUCUGCUGUUCUAUGGAGUUGCAGAGCAUGGGGCGUCUCCUGGAAGAGCAGCUCCCAGAGAUGAUGACAGAGCUUCUAGCAGCCGUCAGGGACAAGAUGCUUUGUCCGGCCGAAUCUCAGCUGACCCGCUCUCUCCUCAUGGAGGUCAUCGAGCUGCAUGCACAUCGCUGGAGCCCCCUGGAGGCUCUCACCACCCAAUACUACAACCGUACCAUCCAAAAGCUCACCACCACUGCCUAGGUGCCAGCUUCCCCAGGAGGAAAGAAGACAAGCUACCCUGACACCCAGAGGAAACAUUUUCGAGUUGAGCAUCAAUCUGCUCCUCUAGUUUUACCAAAACAGAGGAAUUUAAUAAUAACGUCACUCUCUUACCUAAAUAAAUACAUGCUUAACGUGGGUAUUGAACUUAACUGUACAAUUCGAUCAUUUCUCCACGAUAGGCGACCACUACCACAAACAAACCAGACACUAUCUACCAAACUGGUGGCCUUGAGCCAUCAACGCAACACUACAUGUGGCGUUCAAACAAGGAAAAGUGUAUUCUACCCACAUUCGAGAAAACAGUAACGUAUAUAUGACCUGUAGGGGCGUGCUUAGCCACACAGUCCGGGAGUUCGCCUGGCUGUGUCUGCUGAGGGAUAAAGGAGGGAACAGACAAGAGAGGGGUCACACAGGGGAGAGGAGGAGAGGGCAGCAGCCUGCCCGUAGGGAAUAGAGAGAUCCGUACCCAAAGAUGAAUGGGGGGGUCCGUGUCAGUCUCUUCAUUGUGUUCAUUUCCCCACCACCCUCCCCUUCUCUCUGUCCCUUUCUCCUCCCCCCUCCUCUGUCUCUCCGUCAGCCCCUGGGGUCUGUGUGGCUGAUAAAAGAGAGAGGAGGAGGAGGAGGCGGCAGGGAGUAGACACGGUGCUGUCUGUCUGGGCUGUCUGCCCCACCGGGCCAGGGACCAGGUCAAAGGGCCUUGCUGUGGAGCUCCCCAACUCCCACAGCUACUCCCUGCCUUUGUCUCCCCCAACUCUCCACCACCACACACCCCAGCAGGAAGCCUUUUUGUGGGGAUGAGACAGCGGGCCUGCUGGGCCGGGCUGGGCUGACGAUAAGGAUCAGGCUGGCUACAGUAGGGUGGCAGAUGGCUACUUGAGUCCAUGUGAGACGACACACUCCUAACACAACCCUCUGGCACCCCUGCUCAGGCCAUUGUCACCAAUAGAUGCAGUAGAAAUAUUGCAGUGGUGGGGGGGGGGCAGCUUUAGAAAAGCAUUAAAAUAGACACUGCUGAUAAUUCUUUUGUUUUUGUCCUACAGGGGAAUAUCUCUUCUCCUCUGUUAAGCAUGUCCAUGCUUUGUUAACCACAUUGUUGAUAUUAUUUUUUUAAUCAUUUAGUGUUUUCAUUGUUUUGUUUCAUUUUGAAGUCUUGUUUUUAUGGUAAAAUGUAUGUAUGAGGUAUUAGUGGUAGGCCUUAUUGCACAGGUUUGAUUUGUUUUGCACUGUUUUGAGGCGAUUUGCUUUAAAUAAAAAAAAAAAAGGCUAAAGUUUGAAUUUGAAUCAGUGCUUGUAGAUUAAUAUUUUAUUCUCAGUAGUGAGAGAAAAUGGGUUGAGCAGUUUUAACAGACUGGUGGCCUUGUCAGUUAUCCAUUUUUAUAGGAGCUCUCUUGUUUCAGGGCCUGCAGGGCCUGAGGCAGCAGAGGGCACGCUGAGGACUGAACAGUACUUAUUCACAUCAUUCUGUUGCUGAAGAAAAAACAUAUUUGAAGAGGGGAAAAAAGUGAUGUGAAAAAAAAAAUCAAGCAUGGGACACAGAGAAAAGGAAGUGAAAUGCUUCUUUAAAACAUUCUCCUACUCAAGCCAUUCUUUGCAGUGGACGUUUUGCAAGUGUUUAAUAAACUGUAUUUGAUCUUGCUUUGUUUUUGAGAAAAAAAUGACAACUAUUAACCUGUGUAUUUGAAGAUGACAAUGAUGAAAAGAAGAAAUCUUAUUGUAUCACCUCAUUAGCUAGUCAUAUGUGACCCUUAUUCCAGCUAACGUGUGAACUAUGAUAUUGACGUACCAAGCCAAUCAUGUACCAUUUGUAAAUGGGCUCUAUAUAUAAUCUGCAUACAGUAUAUUUACAAGUAUUUAAAAACAUUUGAAAUAGAGGGAGAUAGUGCAACAGGAACACAGGAAAACUGUGGUUGUAUGGUUAGAAGUUGGCCUCCCCAUGCAUUUCUAUCAGGAACUAUCUCAUUGUUUGGGAGUAGGCACACACACACACCACACACACAUACAUGCACAUACAUGCACAUGCAUACACAUACUUAGUUUCCCAUUGAAUCUCUGUGGGCAGUUUUAAGUGUUUUUAUAUUAUUUUCUCUGUCUUGCAUCAAGAAUUAAGAUCAUGUGUGGUAGAAACACACCCCAGAAGAUUAGUUAGAUGAGAAGGGUGAUGUAAAGCUCACAAAUGUUUUUGGAGGUGCAGGCUGGUCGUCUGUAAGUGUGUUUCUGCUUAAGAACUGAUUUGUUGUAUUUUUUAUUUUUUUGUUGUUUUUAUUUUAUUUCUAGGUUUCUAUUUAAAUUAUAUUUAGCUCAUUUAUAUAUAUAUAUUUUCCCAUCUGGUGGGUCUGACAUCUGAGACAGUUGUGAUACCUAGCUUGCUGGCAAGUGUGUAAGUGUGGUAUUACUGUGUUUUAGUUUAUGAAAAGAAAAAACAAAACCCAUCGGUGAGUUUCCAUUAUGCAAAGAGCGACUCGCUCUCACAGCAGAUGGGGGCAGGUGGGGAUCGCCCCCCUCGUCUGUGGCACUGGAGCCUCCCCACCCCGCGUGCCCUUAGACCCCUCUGCUCGGGUCACAUGACUCACUCGACGAUUGAAUGAGACGCACCUUCAUUUGCAUAUUCUCAUAAAUAUUGAAAAACGAGGCUCCGGUCGGCGCACACAUUGGCAAUAGUGGGUCAUCUGUGAGCUCUUGUUUUGUUUUCUAAGCAACUGAAAAAUAAACUAACAAGAAAAAAAAAUAAAAGAUGUGAUGGAAUAAA